UGCAAGCUGCCAUGCAAGUUGCCGAAUGCAGACGGCUUCGUGUGCACCCGCUGGAGCCCUGAGUCCCUCGUUCUCCUUCCUGCCUGUGCCUUUAGCAUCACCAUCCUGGGAACAGGUGCCAAGUGGCUGUCGGUACUCGAAGAGAAAGACAUGAAGCCAGUGGAGACCCACAGCCUGCAGACUCUGCGCACCAUCCUGUCCACCGGCUCCCCGUUGAAGGCGCAGAGCUACGACUAUGUCAGGUGCAUCAAGAGCAGCCUCCUGGGCUCCAUCUCAGGUGGCACCGACAUCAUCUCCUGCUUCAUGGGCCAGAAUUCCUCCAUCCCGGUGCACAGAGGGGAGAUUCAGGCCCGGAACCUGGCCAUGGCCGUGGAGGCGUGGGAUGAAGAAGGACGGGCAGUCUGGGGACAGAGCGGAGAGCUGGUGUGUACGAAGCCGCUUCCCUGCCAGCCCACGCACUUCUGGAACGACGAGAACGGGAGCAAGUACAGGAAGGCGUAUUUCUCUAAGUUCCCAGGUGUCUGGGCGCACGGCGACUACUGCAGAAUCAACCCCAAGACCGGGGGCAUCGUCAUGCUGGGCCGGAGCGACGGCACGCUCAACCCCAACGGAGUGCGGUUUGGCAGUUCGGAAAUCUACAACAUCGUGGAAGCCUUCGAGGAGGUGAUGGACAGCCUGUGUGUGCCCCAGUACAACAGGGACGGCGAGGAGAGGGUCAUCCUCUUCCUGAAGAUGGCUUCGGGCCACACCUUCCAGCCGGACCUGGUGAAACGGAUCCGGGACGCCAUCCGCCUGGGCCUGUCGGCGCGGCACGUUCCCAGCCUCAUCCUGGAGACCCAGGGCAUCCCGUACACACUCAACGGCAAGAAAGUGGAGGUGGCCGUGAAGCAGGUCAUUGCGGGGAGGGCCGUGGAGCAUCGCGGGGCCUUCUCCAACCCUGACACCCUGGACCUGUACCGGAGCAUCCCUGAGCUGCAGGACUUCUGAGUCGGCCUGGCCUGCGUGCCGCCCGCCGCACACCCGCACACGGGGCUUGGAGAAGAAGCAUUGCUGUUUCGUUGUUGGAUCUCACAGGGAUUUGGGUCUUCCGAGCACUGGCCAGGUGGUGACCUCCAGAGACGGCAGGUGGCCCAGCACUAGGUGUGGCCUCUGAAGCAGGCGCAGCCCGGAGGGGCCCAGGUGCGGGGCUGGAGCACGCACCCUGUUCACGUUCACUCCUUGCAGGUGCAGGUCUGUUUCUCUCCUUUCUGUGUGCUUCUGGCUCCCCUGUUUGCCCUCAGGGCCCGUCCACCCCACGCUGAGCACUGACUCUUAGAAGGGAACAGCCCAGGAGGGCUCGGCGCCAUCUUUGCACAGGUGACAGCCAGGACGUGGUUCUGAGCCUGUGUCACACUCCAGCCUUGCCCUCUGCCGCACAAGUGGACGCCACUCCUUGGCAGGGUCCCUAGGGUGCAGCCGUGGAUGCUUUUAAAUGUUCUGUUGGUGCCUGGUGUGUGUCCAUGGAGAUCUGGGGGCUGCCUCAUCUCCCUCUUGGGGCUGUCAGGGCGCCCUGUGGGCUGCGGCCUCGGGGGACAGAGCUGCCCAGGAGGUCCCCAGUGUGGGUGCUGACGCCGUGGACGUCAGCGCCUGUCAGUGGCAUCCUGGGUUCCUGGCUGGCAGCUUUUGUGUACUUUUCGGUUUAGCACAGUAACGUGUGUCUGUCUUCCUGAUGUUCGUGUUUGUAUGUUUUAAGACUGAGCACGAUGAAAUACUUUAUGAAUUCCUUUUCUUCUGGAUGAUAAAAAUAUAGGGGGGGAGGUGCUAUGAGGAAUUCUAUGCAAUAAACACACACCUGUGUGUGGGUGGCACCCUCCUG